ACAGCGGCGGGGGAAAGGCUGGGGCCAGCAUCUGAGGGGGCGGAGGCAGCAAGGCCGGACCCUUGGGCGCAGGGAGAGAAGCGAACAAGCCCCCUAAAGCGGGCCCAGAUGUAGGAGCCACCGCCUCCUCUUCCUCCGGCUCUGGCUCAGCCUCAUCCGGCUCGCUCUCAUCGCUGCUGGCGUAAGCAACCAGCGACAUGGCGCCUCCCGCCUUUGGGGCGCCCUUGCCGGCAGAUGAGGCCUACUUGAGACCGGGGAUGCGCGGAGGCCUAGUAGGCCCCGCCACCCAGCGGGGCGGGGAACCGAAAAGUCCGCCUGCUCCGUACUCUAGGGCUAGCCCCGGCAGAAACUCAUGGCUACGGCUGAUUUCCACCGAACAAGGCGUCCCCCUUCACUUAAGCUCCCAGUCCCGGGCAACUACACACAGCUAAUGGCCGCCGAGUCACUCCGCCUCCUCCUUGCCGCACCAAUACAGGAACUACAACUUCCAGAGAAGACUUUGGCCACAGCCCGGUUCUUUGCCGCAGGGAUCUCAGCGCAAGGCACGGCGGGAGUUGGUGUCCGAGGAAGGAUUUGGGGCGAGCAGGGGGAGGCAGAAGAGAAACCCGCCUCUGACGCAGGGACACCUGGGAGUAUGUAACUUCGGCCAAGAAGUCGUGAUGUGAGUAGGUCACACAGUGUUGAGGGCCAAACCCCUCGACUCUGUUGGGAGUUAAAGGGAAGGAAGUGGACAUUUCCUUUGAACCUAAUAAUAAGCAGAUUGACGAGAUGCCUGAGGCUGCCGUGAAAUCAACAGCCAACAAAUACCAAGUCUUUUUUUUUGGGACCCACGAGACGGCAUUCCUGGGCCCCAAAGACCUCUUCCCUUACGAGGAAUCCAAGGAGAAGUUUGGCAAGCCCAACAAGAGGAAAGGGUUCAGCGAGGGGCUGUGGGAGAUCGAGAACAACCCUACUGUCAAGGCUUCUGGCUAUCAGUCCUCCCAGAAAAAGAGCUGUGUGGAAGAGCCUGAACCUGAGCCCGAAGCCACAGAGGGUGACGGUGAUAAGAAGGGGAAUGCAGAGGGCAGCAGCGAUGAGGAAGGGAAGCUGGUCAUUGAUGAGCCAGCCAAGGAGAAGAAUGAGAAAGGAGCGCUGAAGAGGAGAGCAGGGGACUUGCUGGAGGACUCUCCUAAACGUCCCAAGGAGGCAGAAAACCCUGAAGGAGAGGAGAAGGAGGAAGCCACCUUGGAGGGUGAGAGGCCCCUUCCUAUGGAGGUGGAAAAGAAUAGCACCCCCUCUGAGCCCGGCUCUGGCCGGGGGCCUCCCCAAGAGGAAGAAGAAGAGGAGGAUGAAGAGGAAGAGGCUACCAAGGAAGAUGCUGAGGCCCCAGGCAUCAGAGAUCAUGAGAGCCUGUAGCCACCAAUGUUUCAAGAGGAGCCCCCACCCUGUUCCUGCUGCUGUCUGGGUGCUACUGGGGAAACUGGCCAUGGCCUGCAAACUGGGAACCCCUUGCCCACCCCAACCUGCUCUCCUCUUCCACUCACUUUUCCCACUCCAAGCCCAGCCCAUGGAGAUUGACCUGGAUGGGGCAGGCCACCUGGCUCUCACCUCUAGAUCCCCAUACUCCUAUGAUCUGAGUCAGAGCCAUGUCUUCUCCCUGGAAUGAGAUGAGGCCAUUGUGUUCCUUCCACUUGGAGCUAUUUUCCAGGCUUCUGCUGGGGCCUGGGACAACUGCUCCCACCUCCUGACACCCUUCACCCACUCUCCUAGGCAUUCUGGACCUCUGGGUUGGGAUCAGGGGUAGGAAUGGAAAGGAUGGAGCAUAAACAGCAGGGUGGGCUUGUGGGGUCUGGGAGGGGCAAUCCUCAAAUGGGGUUGGGGGCAGCACAGGAGGGCGGCCUCCUCCUGAGCUCCUGUCCCCUGUUACACCUAUUAUCCCAGCUGCCUAGAUUCAGGGAAAGUGGGACAGCUUGUAGGGAAGGGGUUUCUUUCCAUAAAUCCUUGAUGAUUGACAACACCCAUUUUUCCUUUUGCCGACCCCAAGAGUUUUGGGAGUUGUAGUUAAUCAUCAAGAGAAUGUGGGGCUUCCAAGUUGUUCGGGCCAAGGACCUGAGACCUGAAGGGUUGACUUUACCCAUUUGGGUGGGAGUGUUGAGCAUCUGUCCCCCUUUAGAUCUCUGAAGCCAGAAAUAGGAUGCUUGGGAAGACCCCUAGCUGUCCUUUUUCCUCUCCGCACAGUGCUCAAGGCCAGCUUAUAGUCAUAUAUAUCACCCAGACAUAAAGGAAAAGACACAUUUUUUAGGAAAUGUUUUUAAUAAAAGAAAAUUACAAAAAAAAAAAUUUUAAAGACCCCUAACCCUUUGUGUGCUCUCCAUUCUGCUCCUUCCCCAUCGUUGCCCCCAUUUCUGAGGUGCACUGGGAGGCUCCCCUUCUAUUUGGGGCUUGAUGACUUUCUUUUUGUAGCUGGGGCUUUGAUGUUCUUUCCAGUGUCAUUUCUCAUCCACACACCCUGACCUGGCCCCCUCAGUGUUGUCACCAGAUCUGAUUUGUAACCCACUGAGAGGACAGAGAGAAAUAAGUGCCCUCUCCCACCCUCUUCCUACUGGUCUCUCUAUGCCUCUCUACAGUCUCGUCUCUUUUACCCUGGCCCCUCUCCCUUGGGCUCUGAUGAAAAAUUGCUGACUGUAGCUUUGGAAGUAUAGCUCUGAGAACCGUAGAUGAUUUCAGUUCUAGGAAAAUAAAACCCGUUGAUUACUA